AUGGCACCCGACGAGGCACAGCCGCACAAACGAAAGAGUGGUGAAGCGGAUAAUGAACGAGAGCUUGAUCGUGCUCAUGACUCUCGGCACCUGGAUCGGAACCGAAAUCUUUCUGAUCCUGACGAUGAUAUUCCGUUAAAGAUUCUAAAGUACACGGGCGAAUCGCGUCCAACACUCGUUCAACAAGACCGCCGACACAGUAGUACUGCCAUGCCUGCGCCCAGCAAAGUUUUCCCGAAGCUACUUUCGCAACCUCGCCCCAGCCAACGAUCAACCUCCUCAGGCUUGAAAUGUGCUGGCUGCGGUUCAUCAUCUCACCGACUCACCAUCUGCAUGAAAGCCAGUGAACAUGGCCUGAUGACGGGCUGUCCGUGGUGCAACACCCUCGAACACAGCCUCGCCAACUGUCCGGAAACAAGGCAUGACCUAGCCAUGCAGCUUGAAGUCAUCCAGAUGCGCGCCAACAUGCCCUCUUUCCAGCCAACUCACCCUCCCAGCAGCUUCCCUUGGACCAUUCAGUUCGGAAAGACCCUGCACAACAGUUUGUCGCAUUACCAGCGAGUUCUCGACAGAGUUGGUUUCAACAACCGCAAAGGACUACCUAUUGAUCCAGACACCAAGGACUGA